CCGGCGGCGCCGGUGAGGGGCGGCGGCGCCAUGGAGGUGUACAUCCCCUCCUUCCGCCACGAGGAGAGCGAGCUGGAGCGGGGGUACACGGUCUUUAAAAUAGAGGUGUUAGUGAGUGGAAGGAAACAUUUUGUGGAGAAGAGGUAUAGUGAAUUCCAUGCCCUUCAUAAAAAGCUCAAGAAGUUCAUAAGGACUCCAGAGAUCCCUUCAAAGCAUGUGAGAAACUGGGUCCCAAAGGUCCUGGAGCAGAGGCGGCAAGGCUUAGAGUUGUACUUGCAGACAGUCAUUUUAGAAAAUGAAGAGCUUCCUAAAAUAUUUCUUGAUUUCCUGAACGUUCGACAUGUACCUACCCUGCCAAAAGCAGAAAGCUGUGGCUCUUUUGAUGAAACGGAAUCUGAAGAAUCAAGCAAACUGUCCCACCAGCCUGUGCUGCUGUUCCUAAGGGAUCCAUAUGUCUUGCCUAAAGCCAACGAUGACUUUCCUAAUGUAGUUAUAGAAGGCAUCCUACAUGGAAUAUUUUAUCCUCAUUUACUUCCAAGGUAGAAGGGAUGCGUGGCUAGAAGAAGCUGAUCAAGUCUCCGGGUCAUGUUUUAAGAUACUACUAAGACGCUGUGAUGUGAUAAUUACACUCAAAAUCAAGAGGCACAACCUCAGCUUCAGUUCAAGCAUUUUAUCUUUUUAAAUAAAAUCAAUGUCACUACAGUUGCUGCUUUUAAGGGAAAAAAAAAAAAAAAAAGAUAUGGAAACAACAAUAUAGAAGUUAUUUAUACCUUCCAUAUAGACAUGCUCUAACUAUUUAACACUAAAAGCUGAAAGUCAUACACUGAAUACACUACUCUUUGAAAAUAAUUAAAAUAAUUACUUUUUAAUCAUUUCUGUCAUAAGUUACACUAAACUUUUUUGUACCUGGAUUUUUCCCAGCACAUGUACCCAUUGCUGGCAGUGGAUGGAUUGAAAGUGCUGGCACUGAAGAGAGUGCGUGAGAAAUUGGAGGGGGGGAAAAAAAGCAAGAAAAAA